AUGGAAGGGAAAUACUCGUCCGAUCCAGAAUGGGCAUCUAUCAAGCCCAUUGAGCUCAAUGAUGGCAGCGACUUCGGUGCCAUGCCGUUGGCCACCAUUUCCUAUUCCCCGGAAUAUCUCGAGGCCACUUCUUACCUGCGAGCUGUAAUGGCCGCCAAUGAAAUGUCUGAGCGAGCGCUGAGACUGACGGGAGACAUCAUCUCCAUGAACCCAGCGCAUUACACUGUUUGGAUUUACCGGGCUAAGAUCCUUUUCGCCCUAGGAAAAGAUCUCAAUGAGGAGAUUGAAUGGCUCAAUAAAGUCGCUCUGAAGCAUCUCAAAAACUACCAGAUAUGGCACCACCGCCAAGUUCUCAUGUCUUCGCGGGCACAUUUCCCCACUCUUCCGCCCAGAGAGCAGGACUUUCUGAUGGAAAUGUUUGCCCAGGAUGCCAAGAACUAUCACGUCUGGACAUACCGCCACUGGCUCGUCCGACAUUUCAAGCUCUGGGAUCAUCCGCGCGAGAUCCAGGAUGUGGAGGCGCUCCUGAAAGCUGACGUCCGGAACAACUCCGCCUGGAACCACCGGUACAUGCUCCGCUUUGGACCGCGCGAUGAAAACGAGUUUGAUGCCGGUCUACACAAUACCACGGGGCCAUCCUCGGAGAAGGGCCGCCUGCCAGUUGUCGACGAGGAUCUGGUCGACUCUGAGCUGCAGUACUCGCAGAGUAGGAUACUCGAAGCUCCCGAGAACCGCAGUCCAUGGUCGUACGCGCGCGGAGUACUCCAGGCAGCCGGCAGACCCCUUUCAGAAUGGAAGGAUUUUGCCCGGAGCUUCGUGGUCGAAAAGCAGGAGAACGGCCAGGUGGUGGAUGUUGCGGUCAAAAGUAGCCAUGCUAUUGAGUGGUUAGCGGACGUGUACGCGGAGGAAGACGGAAGUGAAGGAAGUGCAGCCGAGGCAGUCAAAAUGCUCACUCUUCUCAAGGAGAAGUACGACCCUAUCCGGAGGAACUACUGGGAGUAUCGAAUCCGGCAGAUUACGGCAUCUGCGGCGCAUGCUACGGAGAUAUCUGCCUCUGCUUGA